AAUUUUUUUUUUAAAACAUGUAAAAUCUUUUAUGUUUUUAUAAAUUUAUUUAUUUAAUUUAUUUAUUUUUGGCUGUGUUGGGUCUUUGUUGCUGUGCGCGGGCUUUCUCUAGUUGCGGCGAGUGGGGGCUACACUUCGUUGUGGUGCACGGGCUUCUCAUUGCGGUGGCUUCUCUUGUUGUGGAGCACGGGCCCUAGGCGCGCGGGCUUCAGUUGUUGUGGCGCACGGGCUUAGUUGCUCCGCGGCAUGUGGGAUCUUCCCGGACCAGGGCUCGAACCUGUGUCCCCUGCAUUGGCAGGCAGAUUCUUAACCACGAAACCACCAGGGAAGCCUGAUCACUAUUGUUUCUUGACUGCUCCUCCCUUGCCUCUGUAUCCCCUCUCUUUCCUAAUUAGUUUGAAAAGCUUCUAUGCUCAGGAGCCCCACAGGGUCCUGCUCGGUUUCACGUCCAGGACUGGCUAUGUCUGGAGGAGCUCUGCUUACCAUCUCUCCCAACCUAGAUCUGCUGUCUAGUGAGGCUUCUACAGAAAAGUUGAUGGACUGCUUGAAAGCCCCAGGAUGUUUGGUUGACCUGCUCAAACCCAUCUUGGGAGUACACGACCCCAGGCUGCUGGCAGGGACUCUGCCACAUUGUGCAACUCAUGUUUUUCUUGGUGUCCCAAAGGGUGCUGCCUUGGUGUUCCCACCACAGAAACCAGAGCCUGGAAUAGAGAUGGGGAUACCUGAAAAAGUCACUAAGACUUCAACCCAGUGUGGUCUGUCUGUGGUCAACAAAUAUUUACGGAGGCUUGGGCACAGUGCUGGGUCUGGGGACUGCAGGGGUGACAAGCCCUGUCCCCGCCCUUAAGCAGUCCACAGCCUCGUGGACGGAGAAAAUGGACAAACGCUGAGCACAGGCCAUUAGGGGAAUACAGAAGAGGAGACCUGACCUAGCCUAGCCUGGGUUCAGGCAAGUUCAGGGAAGGCUGCCUGGUGGAGGCAACAUCUCAGUUAAGAUGAAGGCUGAAUUAGGCAAAGGGGGAGGAAAAGUGAGAGCAAACAGCAUGUGCAAAGGCCCAGGGUCAAGUGAGAAUGCGGCACAUUUAGGGAAGUUAUAAGGAUCACUGGGACCAAAUGAAAGAGAGAUGGUUUGAAGGUCCGGAUUGUGAAUAACAUGAAUGUAUGCAAAGUGCUUGGUGCAGCCCCUAGCAAACGCCUGCCAUAGUAGCUCUCAUAACUAUAGUCUUGGAAGCCAAGGUAAGGGUUUGGGACUUUAUUGUGCAGUCAGUGGGGAGACAUUCAAGGGUUUUAAGGCCAGGGUGACUUGGUCAGAUUUGCAGUAUGACCAGACUUAAAGAGAUCCCCGUGACUGCAUGGUGGAUUAUGGACCACGAGAGAAGCAGGGCUGGAGGAUCAGAAGACCAGUCUGGGGACUGAUCUCCAAACCAGUAGUAAUUCAGAAAAGAGGUACAGGGUGGGGGCUUCUAAUAUCCCCCAACAGUGGAGUAGAGAAAUAUACAUUGGAAGACAGGAUACAGCAAUGAAAAUUAACUAUGGCUACAUGCAACAACUUAGAUGGGUCUUACAAGUGCAAUGUUGAGCAAAAGAAGGGAAACACAUAUAAUUCCAUUUAUAUAAAGUUUGAGGAACAGGUGAAAUGAAGGGAUAGUCUUUAGGGAUGCGUGCUUAGGCGGUAAAACUAUAAAAGCAUGGAAGUGAUUAUCGCAAAAGUAGUGGGAACAGUGAUUACCCUGUGCUUCGCAAUAUCUUGACCUGAGUGACAUUUACCACAUUCACUCUGUGACAAAUCAUCUACCUUUCUGUUUUGUGUGCCUUCCUGCAUGUGUACUAUUUUUUAAAAAUAUUUAUUUAUUUGGCUGUACCAGGUCUUAGUUGCGGCAUGAGGGAUCUAGUUCCCUGACCAGGGAUUGAACCCCGGGCCCCCUGCAUUGAGAGAAGCGCGGAGUCUUAACGACUGGACCACCAAGGAAGUCCCUAUGUGUACUAUUCUUCACAAGAAAAAGAUUUUUAAAAUAAUGCUUGCUCUACGUAGUAGAGCUUGCUCUAAGUAGCAGAAAUGAUAGAGAGAAGGGAUGAGGAUAUAAUGGGAAGAACAAGUUUGGGGACGCGAAGAAAAUGAAGAGCAGUGUUUAAUGCUCUGAGGUAGAGAAACCUACAAGACGUUGAAGUGGAAGUGUCCAGGACCACCAUGUGAGCUCAGACAAGUCACUUGCCCCGAGUCCAGAUUCCCUUCUCCACAAGAGAGAGAAGCAGUGUGGUUUUAAGGAAUCAGCCUUAGGUUUUGGUGUUAAAACCUGAGCUUAAAAUCCCAGUUCUCUUAUUUCAUGGCUGUGAACCUGGACAAUCAUUUCACCCCUGCCCCCUCCCCCAGUUUCAGUUUCCUCAUGUGUAGAUUUGAUCUAAUCUUUUCUACUCUCAGGGUUCAGAGAGGACAGAUUAGGAUAGGCACUCGGGAAGUUUGAUGCUUUGAUAAUAAGAGAAUCUGAACAAGGAAUGAAAAAAUACUUUGAAAACAUGAAGGCACGAACAUGUAACCAUCACUAUAUGAUUUUUACACUCCAGUGUUAAUAAGAACCAGCUAGUGAGCUUGUAAAACUGGGCAUUCUGUAAGUCGAGAGUGACCAUAUAAUUUAUUGUCCAACCAGGGCCCUUUUGAGAAAGGAAGCCAUUUUAAUAAUUAUGCCAGGACAACAGACAUAAAUCAAGACUGUCCCAGGCAAAGCAGGACAUGUGGUUCCCCUGUCUGAGGUGGGGACCCUGCAUCUGAUGGCCUGUCAAGCCUAUCAGGUGAACUGUAUGCACUGUGAGGGCAGGAUCGCUGCACCUGCUGUGCCUACAAGGAGCUGGUUUAUUUCCAGAGGUCUCAGAUCUACAUGGAGCAAGCCUCAAACCCCGUGAGGUGAUAAGAGCUAACAUCUGUUAGUGUCAGUUGCUGUGCUGAGUACUUCCCCAGGCAGCAUCCCAGUUAAUUCUCACCAAACCUUGAUGAGGUAGGCAGCCUUAUCCUCCAUUAGAGGAAACUAAAGCGUAAAGAGGUUAAGCAACUCCUUCAAGGCCACACAUCUACAUCUCGGGUGGAGGAGGAGUUUGAACCCAGUCAGACUGAUGGGAACCCUAGUUCUUAAUUACUGUUCACACUACUGCAUCGGGUUUGCUGGCACUCCCCCAACCCCACCAAGCUGCUGGGACCAGGCACCACGGACAGGAGCGGAGGCCCGGCUGGGGUAUCUGCAGCCUCAGGCUCUACGUGGGAAGCGCAAGUCGAACAGCAGGUGGCAAGCCUGUCUUCCUAAGCUAUCACUGGGAGGUCGGCUUACUGGGGAGGCCAGAGGGAGGUGGAGCUAGUGAGUCGCCUGCUCACCUCUACCAAAGAAUCCUGCAGGCAGCCAGGGACCUGGCGACUGCCAUUCUCCUGCUGGGUUAACUUUUGUGGCCGGCCUGAGGUCUCAGGUUUUGCACUGCAACUAGCAACCACUGAUAUCAGUGUUGGAAAGCCCUCUGAUGCAUUUAGUUUAUAAUUUCCCAACUUUGCCAAAAGCCAUCUUUAUUAUAUGUCUCUCAGGGCUAUUUUGAGUUUCUUCUACUCAGGGGCUCUUAGAACUUAUGCAGCCUCAUUAGGGGAGAAAGUUCGAUGUGCAUGCAGCCUGCAUAUAAGAAAUGGCUGGAAAACAUUCCGGACAACGGUCCAAAGACGACAAGCGACUGCCCGGAAGUGGCGGAGCCGCGCCGCAGGCAAGACCCAGGUCCUCUGUACGUCCAGAGAUUACGUCACCAGGACUCCGCCCCCAGGUGGGCGUCUGGGCCUAGCCCCCGCAGGUUUCAAGCCCACUCCGCGCCCCCUGGUGCGCACACUCAGCUCGACUGCCGGCGCACCGCCCACUCAGGUCCUGGGGCCCCAGCGGGUGUGCUUGCGGGGGAAACUGAGGCAGGGAGCGUGCUCGUGGGAUCAUUCCUGCCUCAGUCCACACCCCAGGGCCCGCAAAGCUGCCUCCCGCUCCUCAGACCCGCAUGAACAGCAGGGAAGGACGGCAGGAAGGGGAGGGGGCCCACAGCAAGCGAGGUCUAAAGAGUCGGCCUGUCCUGCCACACUCAAGAUGGCGGCGCGGCAGCGGCGAGGUCCCUCAGAGGCGGUACCGGCGCAUGCGCAGCGCGGAGUCCCGGCCCGGGACACAAGAUGGCGGCAGCGGCGUUGGGGAGGGCGAGGCGGAGGCGGCAAAACGGGCGGUCGAGCAGAACGUGUAGCCGCGUCCCCUCGAGUCCGCUGCGGGCAGUUGCUGAUGCAAGGAAUCCCCUGGGCUCCCGUCCACUCCACUGCUGACCAGCCCACACGCCUGCACUGCACGCUUUCCUGCAGGCCUCCCCACUGCCUCUGUGGGACCAGGGGGUCCAUCUGGCCGGAGAAGAAAGCCCUCUCAUGCUAGCGUUGCAGACCCCAGAGGGUGAGAGAAAGAGGGACCUUGUUCAGCCUUGAGACCUGUGGGUCCGCCCCGAGGCACCGGGAAUUCCUCUUCCCCAGAGGACCAAGGCAUCUCCCCUUGGUCCGGUGUGGGUGCUGAGAUGGCCAAUGAGAAUCACGGCAGCCCCCGGGAGGAAGCAUCCUUGUUGAGUCACUCCCCAGGCACCUCCAAUCAGAGCCAGCCCUGUUCUCCAAAGCCCGUCCGCCUGGUGCAGGACCUCCCAGAGGAGCUGGUGCACGCUGGCUGGGAGAAGUGCUGGAGCAGAAGGGAGAACCGUCCCUACUACUUCAACCGAUUCACCAACCAGUCCCUGUGGGAGAUGCCCGUGCUGGGCCAGCACGAUGUGAUUUCGGACCCUUUGGGGCUGAAUGCGACCCCCCUGCCCCAAGACUCAAGCUUGGUGGAAACCCCCCCGGCUGAGAACAAGCCCCGAAAGCGGCAGCUCUCGGAAGAGCAGCCCAGCGGCAAUGGCGUGAAGAAGCCCAAGAUUGACAUCCCCAUGACACCCACGGGCCCGUCAGUGCCCAGCUCCCCCAGCGUCCCAGGAACCCCAACCCUGAAGAUUUGGGGGACAUCCCCUGAAGAUAAACAGCAGGCAGCUCUCCUCCGACCCACUGAGGUGUACUGGGAUCUCGACAUUCAGACCAACGCUGUCAUCAAGCACCGGGGGCCAUCAGAGGUGCUGCCUCCGCAUCCCGAGGUGGAGCUGCUCCGUUCCCAGCUCAUCCUGAAGCUUCGGCAGCACUACCGGGAGCUGUGCCAGCAGCGAGAGGGCAUCGAGCCCCCGCGGGAAUCCUUCAACCGCUGGAUGUUGGAGCGCAAGGUCGUGGACAAAGGCUCUGAUCCUCUGUUGCCGAGCAACUGCGAACCAGUCGUGUCACCUUCCAUGUUUCGCGAAAUCAUGAAUGACAUUCCCAUCAGGUUAUCCCGAAUCAAGUUCCGGGAGGAAGCCAAGCGUCUGCUCUUCAAAUACGCAGAGGCUGCCAGGCGGCUCAUCGAGUCCAGGAGUGCAUCUCCCGACAGCAGGAAGGUGGUCAAGUGGAACGUGGAGGAUACCUUCAGCUGGCUGCGGAAGGACCACUCCGCCUCCAAGGAGGAUUAUAUGGAUCGCCUGGAGCAUCUGCGGAGGCAGUGUGGCCCCCAUGUCUCGGCCGCAGCCAAGGACUCCGUGGAGGGUAUCUGCAGUAAGAUCUACCACAUCUCUCUGGAGUACGUCAAACGGAUCCGAGAGAAGCACCUUGCCAUUCUCAAGGAAAACAACAUCCCAGAGGAGGUGGAGGCCCCCGAGGUGGAGCCCCGCCUGGUGUACUGCUAUCCAGUACGGCUGGCCGUGUCUGCACCUCCCAUGCCCAGCGUGGAAAUGCACGUGGAGAAUAACGUGGUCUGCAUCCGGUAUAAGGGCGAGAUGGUCAAGGUCAGCCGCAACUACUUCAGCAAGCUGUGGCUCCUUUACCGCUACAGCUGCAUCGACGAUUCUGCCUUUGAGAGGUUCCUGCCCCGAGUCUGGUGUCUUCUCCGCCGGUACCAGAUGAUGUUCGGCGUGGGCCUCUACGAGGGGACAGGCCUGCAGGGGUCGCUGCCCGUGCACGUCUUCGAGGCCCUCCACCGGCUUUUCGGCGUCAGCUUUGAGUGCUUCGCCUCACCCCUCAACUGCUACUUUCGCCAGUACUGCUCCGCCUUCCCCGACACGGACGGCUACUUCGGCUCCCGCGGGCCCUGCCUGGACUUCUCCCCGCUGAGUGGGUCCUUCGAGGCCAACCCUCCCUUCUGCGAGGAGCUCAUGGAUGCCAUGGUCUCUCACUUUGAGGUGGGUGUGUCGCCACGGGUGGGGGGCGGCGAGCAAGAUGGCCGGCUGCUGGAGGGCCAGGCCCUGAUGGCCACCGUGGGCCCCUCCCACAGAAACUGCUCGAGAGCUCGCCAGAGCCCCUGUCCUUCAUCGUGUUCAUCCCCGAGUGGCGGGAACCCCCGACCCCAGCGCUCACCCGCAUGGAGCAGAGCCGCUUCAAGCGCCACCAGCUGGUCCUGCCCGCCUUCGAGCACGAGUACCGCAGCGGCUCCCAGCAUGUCUGCAAGAAAACGACCCUGGAUUUGCCAAGUGGGGGCCAACGCCUGAGCGGCUGCAGGAGUUGAGCGCCGCCUACCGGCAGUCGGGCCGCAGCCAUGGCUCUGUCGGCUCCUCGUCGUCCUCCUCGGAGGCCAAGGACAGGGACUCAGGCCGCGAGCAGGGCCCCAGCCGGGAGCCUCACUCCAC